AUGGAAUAUUAUUCGGUUUUUAUAAGAAUAACUAAAUUCGGCGGCUUCAAAGGCACGUGGUUUCACCGGCGCCCUUUGUCAUGGCUAAGAAAAAGAAGUGAUGGUUCUAGUAGAAAAGUGCGAAGCGGCAUUGCUUGCUGUGCAGCAGCCGCUGCUGCAAAUGAGGGACAACUGUUUUCUCCAUAUAGAGAAUCUUACAAAAGCCGCGACCGCAAAGUCUUCGAAGUUCCAACUCUGCGACCACAAGAGCACCUCUGGGGUCUCUUCAACAGUGAAGAUACGAGGCGGGCUGGUAAGAGCGCUGACCCCCAGUCCGAUAAAGAGCAAGGUGUAGCUGGUUCGGAUUCGGAAGACGAAACGGUGUAUGAUGCUGCUAUUGAUAGGGCUCACGAUUCAGAAAGCGAAGUUUAA